AUGGAGGCAGUGAAGCGCGUUUGCUUAUUGUCCCGGCCACCGCUGGCCACCUUCUUCUUCCUCGUCGCGGCUGCCUUCGCCAGAGACACCAUCCUCCCCGGCGAGGGCAUCUACGGGAACCAGACGCUGGUCUCCCGGAACGGCGUGUUCGACCUGGGGUUCUUCUCCCCGGGGACGGACAUAUACCACUUCCUGGGCGUGCAGAUCCGGAAUAUGCCGAGGAACGCCGGCACCCCGACGUUCUGGUUCGGGGACCGGGUCUACAUCUCCGACCUUCCCAGCGCGGCGCUGCAGCUCUUCGGCGACCGCCUGUACAUCACCGAGAACGGUACUAACCUCUGGUGGUCAAGCGUGGCGGGCGCCGGCGGCGGCGACGGCUCCGUGCCGGCACCCGCAUCCGCCGUCGCGGUCCUCCUCGACAGCGGCAACCUCGUGGUGAGGGACCAGGCCAACUCGUCGCAGGUCCUGUGGCAGAGCUUCGACUACCCCGGCGACGCGCUGCUCCCCGGCGCGAGGCUCGGGCUCGACGGGGACACCGGGAACAACGUGUCGCUGACGUACACCAACACGAACUCGUGGCACAACAGCAGCCUCAGCGUCGAUCCGGAUCAGCGCAGGAGGAACGGGUUCGUGCUCGCCACCGACGGCUGGGAAGUCCUCCGGGGGACCUUCCCGGAGUGGAUGGUGUCUUCUCAAGAUAACGGCAGCUCACUGUUGCUGCUCAAAACUCGUCCGGGCGCAGGCAUGGCGGAGCACUUGCAGCUCCAUCUGGGGCAAGUCAGCCUACGGAGCUGGUCGAGUUCCGGUGGCUGCUGGGUGGCCCGCUGGACCUUCCCUUCCGACUGCAAAUCCAGCGCCUUCUUCUGCGGCCGUUUCGGCGCCUGCACGAGCAAUGGCACGUGUGGCUGCGUCGACGGAUUCGAGCCGUCAAACCCAUCAGAGUGGCAGCGUGGAUACUUUGUGAGUGGUUGCUCGAGGUCUCUUCCACUGAGCUGCACGGCGAAUAGUGGCCUGACGGCGGAACACGAUAACUCGUUUGUGCUCUUAGACAACCUGCAAAGGCUCCCUUACAACUCCCAGAACGACACGGCAGAGGGCGACAAAGGUUGCAGAGAGGCCUGUCUGAGCAAAUGCUACUGCGUCGCGUACGCGUAUGACGACGACUCUGGGUGCAAGCUAUGGUACAACUACCUGUACAACGUGAAUUUCGCUGCUACACCUCCGUUCAGCAAGGUUUAUAUUCGUUUGGGUUCUGAGCUCGGGGCUCAAAAGGAUUCGAAAACAACAGGGAUUGUGUUCAUGGUUGUCGGACUGACAGCAACAGCUAGUGUGAUAUUGAUACUAGCGCUUGUAUGGAGAUACAGGAACAGGAGAGCUUUGUUUGCUACCUGCAGAAAUUCCCAAGAGGUGGAAGGCUCUCUUGCUGUCUACCCAUAUGCACAGGUGAAGAGAGCUACGAGGAAUUUCUCCGACAAGCUCGGCGAGGGAGGUUUCGGCUGUGUUUUCAGGGGAACAAUGCCGGGACCAACCGUCGUCGCCGUGAAGCGUCUUAAAGGCUUUGGGCAAGCAGACAAGCAGUUCAGAGCUGAAGUGCAGACGCUCGGAGACGAGGAGAACGACAGGCCAUCGAUGGCCCAAGUUGUUUGUAUGCUGGAAGGUGUUUUAGACACUGGAAUUCCUCCAGUUCCGUCUUCCUUCAUGAACCUUAUUGAGGGUGACAACAGCAGUACAUCUUCGGAAGAAGGCUAA